AUGAUGACUAGUACCUCGACUAUAACAACAUCAAAGUAAGUAAUUUAAAUAAAUUGUUUUCUCAUAUAAAAUUUACGACAGUGUUCCAAAUAAUAGACGUUAAGAUACCCAUUCUACUUGUAUUAUUCAAUUGUUUGUCAGUUUGAGUUCAUGUUAUGUCUUAUGGGGUUCUAUAGCAUUAUAAAGUCGUGGUAGAAUCUUCCAAAAACACUUCAUUGUUUUGAUUCAACUGUACACUUUUCAUUAGUUUACCCUUAGUGAGGUUUACUUAUAAUAAUGUCAAGUUGCUUCGUUUUAUGCUGAUUACUGUUGAUGCCAAUUGUAAGAAAUAACUAUUUUGUGUACAUAUAGGCCUACUAUAUAAAAACUUAAAAGCAAAGAUUUGUUUAAUGAUAGAAUUAUAUAUUUUUAUUUAUACUGUAUAUUAUUUGCACAUAAACCUAUUAUAUAUUUUUAAAUGGAAAUGUUUAUAGCAUGUUAUUAAUUUAUUAUCUGUAGGAAAAAUAGGGAGGCUAAAAGCAGAAGAAUUUCAUAGGGUCUCUAACCAAAAUAAAAAGUUAUUACAAGGGAUACUGUCGAAGAACAGUUCUAACAUGAGAAUUAAUUACAAGUGAAUAAAUUUGCCAAAAGUCUAGUACAGUAGUAGGGUUUGUGGAAGUCUCAAGGGUCUUUCACAAAUCCAUUUAAUGACUAAUGUCUCAACAUAUUACUGCAUUAGUUUGUACUAUAUAAUAUGAAGUGCAAAAGACUUAGAAUGCAAAUUAAUAAAAAAAUCCCCUGUUUCAGGAAAUAUUAUAUUAUUACUUAAUUUAUCAAUAUAUUUCAUCACACCAUUUUGAAUUGAGGGCAUUUAAAUAUAUCUUUUACAGGCCUAUGAAAUGGAGUGACUCACAUGAUAUACUAUUUGCAAGAGAAGUUUUGGUUUCCAGUCUGUAUGAGACCCGAAACGGAAGUCCUGAAAGAGGAAAAGUAUGGGAUGAAAUAGCAGAAAAUCUUAACAAAUUGGAAAGUCCAAAGUUCCAUGUAUCCAAGAGGUCAUUAAGAGAUCGUCUUAAUCUACUAAUCAAUAGAUACAAAGCUAAAGUCAGAGAAGAAGAUCUAGCAAGUGGCAUCAGCCCGGAUGAUGAUGAACUUAGCUCAAUGUUAGA